AUGGGAUACCUCUUAAAACUUGCACUGGCCCUUAUUUUCCAUUUCAUUGGUGAUCCAGUAACUUCUCUGAUCAGAGGAAUAGAAACUACACUUUACACCAUUCGAGCUUUCUACUCAGCAGUGAUAGCAUAUACUCCUAUUCCAGAGCUGACUCUGAUCAUCGUGCUGGUGUCUUCCGUAAUUGCCAUUGCUGAAGCUUCUGUUCCAGACUCUGUAGACAGCCAACCAUACCUUCUUACAGUAGCUGGCUUAAUCGGUUUUGCAGCCGUGAGAGACUUCAUCUCCGAGCUGUCCUUCUGGACGCUCCUAUUGGGAUUGUUUGGUUUUGCUCGGUUUGUUAAGAAGAGGGAUUAUGUUUCUCCUGUGACAGCUACUCCGAAUCCAGAUGUUCUCAUCUGUACACUGAUGUUUUCCAUCGCUGAAACAAAGUUUGGGACGUAG